AUGGAGCAAACUAGAGGAGAGAGCUGGAAGGAACUGGUACGAAAAAUGCUUCCACCAGGUGCUUCUCUCCCUGAAGAUGAGGCGAAGCUCGAUUACUCCAUAGCUAUAGAGUACCUUGGCCCUCCAAUGCCUUACGAGGUCCCUAAGGUUGAACCUCUUGAUGUCAGUUCCCAUGGAAUCCCAACUGCUGAGCCGCUCGAAGUCUCAAAUGGAUCCGCUGUGAAUCUAGGACCGCCUGUGAUCAAUCCAAUACCUUUGCCAGUGUCUUACAUUGCCCGUGUCACAGACUCCCCCGCCCAAAGCCCUCGGGCAUCAGCAAGCUCGGAGUCAGUAGUAUCAGUUCUCCAAAAUCCCGACUCUUCCUCAGCUUCAGCAUCAGCUUCACCUGCAUCAGCUCGAAACCCUCCCAAUCAUGUGGUGGCCAAUGAAGCGAGGCGAGUGCCAGUUGUCAAGUUCCACUCUGUUGAUACCUCUACCCACAGCAAAGGCUCGGAUACCGAUAGGUCAGUUUACCCCGAGUAUGUUGUUGGGGUGUCAAAGGAAAAGAAGAAGAAAAGGAGUAGAGUUUGCUAUCGGUGUGGAAAAGGGAAAUGGGAAUUGAAGGAGUCAUGCCUUGUUUGUGAUGCAAAAUACUGUAGCAACUGUGUUCUUAGGGCAAUGGGAUCUAUGCCCGAGGGACGUAAGUGUGUGACAUGUAUAGGUGAGCCGAUUGAUGAGUCAAAGAGGUUUAAGCUCGGGAGGCAUUCUCGUGUCUUAUCGAGAUUGCUCAGUGCUUUGGAAGUUAAGCACAUUAUGAAAUCAGAAAAGGAAUGUUCUGCUAAUCAGCUUAGGCCAGAGCAGUUGAUUGUAAAUGGGUUUCCUUUGAAGCCAGAGGAGAUGGCAGAAUUACUUGGAUGUCCUUUGCCACCGAAGAAAUUGAAGCCCGGUAGAUAUUGGUAUGACAAGGAGUCUGGUCAAUGGGGAAAGGAGGGAGAAAAACCAGAUAGAAUCAUUAGUUCAAACUUAAACUUCACUGGGAAACUCAUGCCUGAUGCAAGCAAUGGCAACACUGAAGUUUACAUUAAUGGCAGAGAAAUUACUAAGCUCGAGCUGAGGGUGCUAAAACUGGCAAAGGUGCAAUGUCCCCGUGAUACUCAUUUCUGGGUCUACGAUGAUGGCCGUUAUGAGGAGGAAGGUCAGAAUAAUAUAAGGGGAAACAUUUGGGAGAAGGCAUCAACCCGGUUUGUCUGCACACUCUUCUCUUUGCCUGUUCCUCAUGGUCAACCCGUUGGUCAGAGAGAUGAACCUAGCACUUACACUACACUUCCGAAUUAUCUCGAGCCGAAAAGAGUCCAGAAGCUUCUUCUGCUCGGACUCCCGGGAUCAGGAACCAGCACGAUUUUCAAGCAGGCUAAAUUCUUGUAUGGAAACAGGUUCACUGCAGAAGAGCUGCAAGAUAUCAAGUUGAUGAUACAGAGCAAUAUGUAUCGAUAUCUUAGCGUCUUGCUCGAUGGACGAGAGCGCUUUGAGGAAGAGUUACUCGCAGAGGUGGAGAUUGAAGAUCGGGACUCUGAAGCUAGUGGAGAAGCCGACUCAGUUGAAACCAACAACCAGUGCAUCUACUCCAUCAACCCAAGGUUGAAGCAUUUCUCUGACUGGCUGCUUGACAUUAUAGCCACUGGAGAUUUGGAUGCGUUCUUCCCUGCAGCCACACGUGAGUAUGCCCCAUUAGUCGAAGAGGUGUGGAAAGAUCCCGCGAUCCAGGAAACAUAUAAGCGAAAAGAUGAACUUCACUUCCUUUCAGAUGUUGCAGAGUACUUCUUAAGCCGGGCAGUCGAGGUCUCCAGCAAUGAAUAUGAACCCACUGAGCGAGAUAUCCUCUAUGCAGAAGGCGUCACCCAAGGAAACGGUCUAGCUUUCAUCGAAUUUUCGCUCGAUGAUCGGAGUCCAAUGUCCGAAGUGUACACUGAUAAUCUUGAAGCUCUUCCUCCUCUCACUAAGUACCAACUCAUACGGGUGAAUGCAAAGGGAAUGAACGAAGGUUGCAAAUGGGUCGAAAUGUUCGAAGACGUACGAGCUGUAGUGUUCUGCGUCUCCCUCAGCGACUACGACCAGGUGAGCUUAUCACCAUCAGAGGGCAGCGGGUCACUGCUCCAGAACAAGAUGAUGCAGACCAAGGAACUGUUCGAGUCUAUGGUCCGCCACCCUAGCUUCAAGGACACUCCAUUUGUGCUUGUGCUCAACAAGUAUGAUCUGUUCGAGGAGAAGGCAAACCGGGUCCACCUCAGCACGUGCGAGUGGUUCUCGGACUUCAGCCCGGUGAGACCCAACCACAACCAACAGUCCCUGGCCCAGCAGGCGUACUACUACGUGGCAAUGAAGUUCAAAGACCUCUAUGCGUCGAUUACUGGGCAGAAGCUGUUCGUGUGGCAGGCCAGGGCAAGGGACCGGGUGACCGUCGACGAUGGGUUCAAGUACGUGAGGGAGGUGCUGAAGUGGGAUGAGGAGAAGGAGGAUAAUUACUAUGGUGGGCCCGAGGAUUCAUGUUAUAGUACGGAUGUUAGUUCAUCUCCAUUUGUGAGGCAAGAGUGA